GUGAGAAAAUUCUUGUUUAGAAAUUCCUUAUUUAAAUAAACUUGGAUGGCUUAAAAGUUUAUUUUCGACUUUUUCAUUGUUCGUUCAAGGGUGUAUUAGUUUAGUUUAGUCUUUUAUAACUUUGGAUUUUUGAAUAUUUUUAUUAUUUGAAUUGGGAUACUUGGAAAAACUAGGUUAACCACAGGUUGAAAUGUGAUGGACAACUCAAAAGAGCGAACCCUCCAAAAUUAUCUCAUAGCUGGUGGUUUUGGUGGUAUUUGUACGACUUUAAUUGGUCAUCCAUUUGAUACUAUCAAAGUUCGAAUGCAAGUUGUACCUGGCCUUUAUAUCAAUUCGUUUGAUGCGACUUGGAAAAUAAUAACACAUGAAGGAAGAACGGGACUGUAUAAAGGUAUGAGUGCACAAUUGAUUGGUAUUGUACCAAUAUUUGCACUCAGUAUUUUAAGUUAUGAGAGUGGCAAAAAAUUACUGACAAAAAUUGAUGAAGAUGAACAGAAUUUAAAACCAAAAAAAUUAUUUUUAGCUGGUAUGUUUAGUGGUUUAACAACGACAAUUUUUAGUGUACCUGGGGAACGUAUAAAAUGUCUUUUACAAAUGCAGGUUUGUUAAU